AUGGCUGCACUGCCUUCAGUACCAUAUAAUCCAUCCCAGUAUACUCUAAAGGGAGUGCUGUGUGCAUCUGAAACCAGUUACUCCAUUUCCUUUCUGGGGAUUGAUGCCCAUGGUGUUGACUCCAUCCACGUGUUCGUGACGUUUCUCUGGCUCUGCCUGCUGUUCUGGUUGGGGCCUGUCAAAGCCAGGACCCUGGGGUACUACAGUCACAACCCCGUCCUCGGAGACCAGAGUCACCCCAAGCUGGAUGAAUCUUCCUGCAAGGAUAUUGCCAAUGCUUUGUCCCUGGUCAACAUGAUCCUAGGGAUCUUCUCCAUCUUCUGCAGCUUCUACAGGAAAUCCCACUGUGCCUCCUGGCUGCUUCUCAUCAGCUUCUUAUUAGACAUGGCAGUUGGGACGAUGACCAGGCAGCUCAGCAUAUGCUGCAGAUCAGGAGCUGAGCUGAACGACUUUGCUGUCUUCACCACCUUUGGCCUGGCCUCAGCCCUGCUCCUAGGGGUGGACGGGCCUCUCAGUGGCCUCCUGGCCAUCAUGUAUGUGUUAGCUACUUCUUUCCGCCUGUGCUUUUUUACAACUGGAGUUCCCCUCAUAUACAAGGGCCUACCCUGCCCCUAUGCUUCCUGUGUUUUGGCCUCCACCUCCCUUCUGACCAAAGGCAACACAUUCAUUCUUUGCUGUGUGGCCUCGCUCAUGAUUCUAUUUAUGAUGGACCAGACCUACUAUCCCCAUGAAGAAAUCUUGGAGUCAAAGAACUGGAAGAAAAUGGUUUAUCUGGGGGGUGUCAUCAUGCUGUUUUUGUCUCCGUUCUCUCUGACUCCUUUUUACUGCCUGAUGUGGUCCAUCUCCUACAUCUUCUUUCCAGAUUCUCUAUGGGGAAAGACCACUUGUCUUAGGCUACGGCACCGAAGAAACGAAACAGCUCUCCCCACUUCACAGCAUGUUGGCCAAGCCUUGCCUUAG